AUGGUAAAGACGAUUUAUAUUGCCAGACACGGCUUCCGCUCCAAUUGGCUUCCUGAGCCUCAUCCUCCUAAUCCCACAGGUAUUGAUCUGGACCCUGCUCUUGCACCACAUGGAGUGGAGCAAGCAGAACAGUUGGGUGCCUUCUUACACCUGCUACCCAUUAAUGAACAGCCUCAAUUGAUAUUAUCGUCUCCAUUUUAUAGAUGUGUGGAAAGUGCGCGUCCUCUAGCCAAGUUAUUGGACCUCCCCGUAUAUUUAGAGCGUGGAGUGGGUGAAAAGUAUAACAAGGGUAGAAGUGUGAUUCCCGAGCCCGCUAAUUACGAGGUUUUACGACCAUUUUUCGGGAGCAUUUUGGGUGAAGAAAAAGACUGGCCCCGAGACAAAACGUUGGGGAUCAUUCCGAGUUUGGAGGGAGAACUGAAUGAAGAAGUAUUUGAAAGAGCCAAAUUGGUAUGGGCCAAAUUGAUUCCCUUGUUAGACGCCAAGUAUCCUAACGUCGAUAACAUCAUCAUAGUAACACAUGCAGCCACCAAGAUUGCAUUAGGAAUGGCAUUAUUGAAGCGUAAAGGAGUAUACGACACCAUCGAUGAUGAUUCUCAUACACUUUUACGAGCCGGUGCUUGUUCAUUGGACAAGUACAAACGGAUUGGAGAAGACCAAUGGGAGAUCUUGAUGAAUGGGAACUGUGAGUUCCUAACCAAUGGUGAAGAGAUGCAUUGGGACUUCCAUGCCAAUGUUGAGGCCGGCAGUGAUGCUGAUAUCAAACAAAGAAGGUCACAGCGAGCAGAAAAGGAAUCAACUCCGGUAACGGAGACCGCUACCGGUGUUGAAGAAGAUGACGAGACGGCCCAAGAAUUUGAGGAUUUCUAUAUAAGCGUGGAGCUCCCACGGAAGCAUGGAUUAGAUAAUAAAGAAUUUAGAGUACUAAAGCCUUCAUCGCUAUUUCAGAUCUCAGACAUUAAUGAUGACCAUCCGUUGAUCAAGGUAUCCAAUAAUGAAACCAAAGGAGAAUUCACGAAGACACGUGACGUCCAGACGUCGGCUGAAGGGAGGAUCUUCCAAACUGAAUGGAAGCUGUUGGUCGGAUCUGAGUUGAUAUUUGAUGAUUACGGUGAGCUUGUAGGGAAAGUCAAUGAGCAUUUAGUGACGCAAGAGAACGUUACCAUUGUCCCUGUUAAGAACGCCGAGUCUACUGAGGGGGAGGAGAAGUCAGAGGGGACAUUUUUAAAGAAAGCAAAGGCAUUGGCCCGCCAGAAAGAAAAGACAUCUGAUUUCGCCGAAGACUUGGACCACAGUCAGUUUGCUGAUCCCAAAGAGUAUGUUGAGGAAACAGCGAGACAUAAAUAUGAAGACAUAGUGUCAAAUAAGAUUCCUGUGACAACAGACAUAGAGUAUCCGUGUCUUGUGCUUACUGCAGACACCAUAGUAAGCUGUGGGGGUCAGAUACUUGAAAAGCCUUUGAAUGUUGAAACCCAAAGAGCCUUUUUCAAGGCUUAUGCAGACAGCAAGAGUGUGUCGGUGAUAACCACAGUGGUAGUAGGUGUUGUAGGUGAAGACGGGAAGGUUAUCAAUGAGGCUAUUGAUCUGGAAUCUACAGAGCUUGAGUUUGAUGCUUCUGAAGAUGUCGUUGACCAGUACAUAGAUACCAAAGAAGGUUUGGACGUGGCUGGAGGGUUCAAAUAUCAAGAGAAGGGGGGAAUACUCUUUCCAAGGAUAAGAGGAGACUACUAUAAUGUGGUUGGUCUUCCAGUUCACAAGACAUAUGAGUUGUUAAAGAAGGUUUUGGAGUCAUAG